AUGGCCAAUAGCCACAAGCCUGCCAUUACCCUUCAUACACAAGGAAUAAAUGGGACUUCAACAUUGAAUACGCGAGGUUUGAAAAUGACAAAGAGUACAGAUACUCUUACGAGUCAUCCAUUAUUAAACGAAGACGACGAUUUGGAAGUGAACGCCGCCUGGUUCAAUCAGAGGAGUAGACGGUCACCGUCUUCAGGCUCUACGUCUUCGCAGGCAUUGCUACAACCCAAGAUUAAUGGUACUCCAGUACCUAAUGGUUCCGUUGGUGCAUCUAUGCUCAACAUGUUGAAGGAGAUGACGAUAGGAUUUUCGGACGUUGUGCAAUUGUUGAUUUCAAAGAAGGCGACCGUGUUGCUUGCCACUGCGGCUGUAACAACACCGUUUUUAACGAUGGAACGUGAAUUUCUGGAAGAUAAUAUUAUCAUUACCCAACAAUCAGACGACAAAAUCCUGGCGAUUACGUUGAGUGGAAUUAGAGUGGUUUUACUAGGGGAUUCACUGAUUUCAAUCGGCCUGCUUCCUACAGAGCAAGAACUGGGAAAUAUUUUGGAUGACACUACAAAGAAACAAAAAACUCUCUUCGAUGCUUUCUCAUCAUCAACAGAUCCAAGCUCGUUCCCGGCCAUAAAAAUAAUCAGCCACAAUGCAGACAUCAUGCUCCAUGGAAUGAAUAUUCGUGCGUUAUUGAUAGAAACUCCUCUGAUAAAACGAGAAGUCUCUGAAAGAGUGAAUUUUAUACUGGAAAAGACGGAAAAAAUAAAAGAGAUUAGUGAUCUACCCGGAUCACUACCUGAGGAUAUUCAGAGGUUUGUCAAAGAAUAUCAACAGACACCGAUGAAGUCUGAAGAAACCUCGACUGAGAAAAUACAAGACUUGUUUGACAGCGUCCGAUCGAAACUUGAAGCUGGAGGAGAAUUGACUGAAGAACAAGAUGCAAUAGUUGAAUCCAAGUUGAACUCGCUGGAAAAAUUUGUCUGCUCUGCAUUAUACGAAAAUCUUUUCAUACCGCCCUGGAGUGAUGACGAUCUCUCCGACGAAGCAUUAUGCUCUAAAAUCGCCGCGCUUAAUCUUUUAGAACUAGGUCUGGUGCACUUGGGUGUCGUCGUUCAAUCACACCAGCAAUCACUCUUUGACGAUGCCAUUCAGACGGCUGGUGCUAAAUUGCAGUGCCUCCAGUCCAUGAAGUCACCAAUUGAGAAAUUGAACGUUAUCGUUGAUUGCCAUAGGAUAAUAGUCGAUACGCUAAGUCAAAGUUUGAAGACGCAAUCAAAAAGUGAUACAAAACAGCCAAAGGAUAAUCCCGAACAGCCAAAGGAUAAUCCAGAGCAACCAAAGAAUAAUUCAGAACAACCAAAGAAUAAUUCAGAACAGCCAAUUGAUAAUUCAGAACAGUCGAGUGAUAAUUCAGAACAGCCGAAUGAUAGUCCUGAACAUUCAAAUGAUAGCCCCGAACGUUCAAAUGAUAUUCCCGAACAUUCAAAUGAUAUUCCCGAACAUUCAAAUGAUAUUCCUGAGCAUCCAAAGACACCAAUUUCUCCUGUUACGCCUACAUCUCCAAUAGACGAGAGAAGGGUAUCGAACGCUGAUGCCAUUCUGCCAAUGUUGAUUUUUAUAGUGGUCAAGGCUAAUCCGAGGGAACUGAUAUCCAACUUGAGAUUUAUUCAACGGUAUCGUGUGCGGUCAUUACUUCAUGGGGAAUUAUCUUAUUGCCUAACGAAUGCUCUGGCCGUCGUCUCAUUCUUGGAGAAUGUAGAAUUACAAGUUUUGGGACUAUCACCGGAGAAGGUAGUGAGCGACGUGACUGACAUUCACCGUACAUCACCGAUCCCUCCUCUUCCAACUCCACCCUCCCAACAACCCUCUCUUCCAUUCCCUCUUGCCGACCCGCGACGCGUAGGAUACGAAAUUGUCGGUGCAGCUACUGACAGCGGACUUAAAGUAAUCACCGGAAUUACCGGCGUAGUCGAUACAUCCUACAAAAUGUUUGGGAGGAUACUUGGAUACAACGACGCUGGUAGAAGGGAGACAAAGAAUGACGAUGGAAGUAUAAAUGAGAAGCAAGCAGUUGAGGUUGAGGUUUCAAGUCCAAUCGAGGAAAACGGCAAACGAAAAAGAUUUAGUCUUCUCGAAAGAGAAUUACCAGAUGGAAAGGAAUUGGCAGAGAUUGGUAAGGUGAAAGAGGAUGAUAGGACGAAGAAAAAUCAGGACGAAAGUAAUGAAGUAGAGAACGGGAAGAGCGAAAGAAUAAACGAGGAUACAGACGCGAAGAAACAGGCCGAGGGAGGAUUGUCAUUGACUAACCGAUUGCGACAAAUUAGUGUUUUGCCACGAUUUUCAUCUGAGCGCUCUCAAUCGGUAACUGAGACAAAACAUGCUGCACCGAUUCAAGCAAAGAAAAUAGCUCCACCCAUAACAAAGUUUUUAGAGUGUAAAUCUGAGGACUUUAGGGUAGGCGAUGUCGCUGAGUUGCUAGCAGAGUACAAACGCCUUGCGUCUGCAGUUCAGGAACUCGGACUCUUUUCCACGUCUUCAUAG